AUGGUUAAUGGUGGUCCUUGUGGUUUCUUUUCAGUGGGUAGGGGAUUAAGACAAGGAGAUCCCUUAUCUCCAAUUCUCUUUGUCUUAAUGGAAGAUGCUUUAAGUAGGUAUUUAUCUGCAUCUGUCCAGGAAAAGAAAAUAGCUCCAAUGGUAAUCAGAAAUGGAAUUCGUCUUACACAUUUGUUUUUUGCAGAUGAUGUGUUCAUUUUCUUAAAUGGUGCCAAAAAAAGUAUAGAGAAUCUUACUCAGUUACUGGAUACUUAUCAAAGUUUCUCAGGUCAACUCAUAAAUAGAGGCAAAAGUAAGUGUUUUAUUGAUGGCACUUCAAGUCAAAGAAAGAUGCAGAUUAAAGAAUGGUUAAAAAUGGAAGUUAGUGAGUUUCCUGAUAAAUAUCUAGGAGUCAUUUUAGCACCAGGGAGAGUUAAGUCUUCUACUGUUUGGCCAAUAGUUGAAAUGUUGCAAAAAAAGCUAGCAGGAUGGAAAGGGAGAAUGUUGUCUUUUCAAGAUAGGUUGGUAUUAAUUAAAUCUGUACUCAACAGUAUGCCAAUAUACAACAUGGUUGUUUAUAAGUGGCCUGCUUCAAUCAUCAAAAUCUGUGAAAAGAUUAUCAGGAAUUUUCUUUGGUCAGGUGAGGGAGAUACUAGGAAAUAUAAUAUUUUGGCAUGGAAAAGAGUGUGCACUCCUUACAGUGAAGGAGGUCUUGGUAUUCAUAGGCUUGAAGUUAUAAAUAAAUCACUUUUGAUGAAGAUGAUGUGGAGGAUAAUGAAGUCAAAUGAUGAUCGGGCCUUAUUCUUCAAAGCAAAAUAUAUGAAUAAAAAUGGAGUUUGGAGAGACAAUUGGCAACUUUCUUCUGUUUGGCCUGGCCUAAGAUGGGCUUGGGGCUACUUAAAGGAUGAUCUGAAAUGGUGCAUUGGUGAUGGACAUCAAAUCUCUGCUUGGUUUGAUACUUGGAUUGUCAUUCAAAAUGCAAUUUCUUCUCUCAAUCUCCCAGAUACUGGUUGUCAAGAUGAACUCAUUUGGCAGGUGAAUCUUAAAGGAGUAUUCUCAGUUUCAGAAGCUGCAAAUUUGUUGAGGGGAACAUAUAUUGAUGAUGUUAAAAUGGUCAACUAUGGAUAUGAGAUGGUUUCAAGAUGUUGUAUCUGUGAGGAAGCUGAAGACAAUAUGGAUCAUCUUCUCUGGAACUUUCCCAAGUGCUUUGAUGACAUAUGGAGAGGUGCUGCUAACAAAAGUCCAAUUGUACAACAAAUCUGGAUUACAACUGCUUGUGCAUGUCUUAAGGAACUCUGGUUUCAAAAAAAUAAAAGAUUCUUUGAAGGAUUUGCUCCUAGCACACCAAACUUCAAAUGCAGGAACUCAAAAUUUCAGAGUAUUAAAGCAUGUCAGUGGUCUCCUCCAAGUAGUGAAUUCACUCUUUUCUGCUGUGAUGGUGCUUCCAUAGGCAAUCCAGGUGUUGCAGGUUUUGGGAUUGUUGUUAGGGAUCAUUUAUGUCAAGUUAUUGGUACUCUGACUUGUGGCCUUGGUACAACAACAAAUUAUAUUGCUGAAGUGUAUCCAGUUGUCUGUGCAGCUGAACUUGCUGUGUUUUGGAAAUGUCAAAGAAUCAUCAUCAGGUCAGAUUCUCAAUCUGUUAUUACUGAAUUUAAAAAACAGCAAGUUCCAUGGUUCCUUAAAGCUAGGUGGAUGAAGGCUCUUAAACAUUUGCAAGAAAUCAUGUUUGAACACUGUUUCAGGGAAGCUAAUUUCUCUGCUGAUACAACAGCCAAAAGAGGUGCUCUCUUGUUAGCAGGAGAAAGACAAUGUCAUACGGGGAGGCCAGAUUUUCUCAAAAGAAUUGAAAUGCCUGGAGUUGAGUACUUUAGAUUUUGCUAA